AUGCUCCCUAGGCAGAUCGUUCAGGUAGCGAUGUGGCUGAUAUGUAGCAAGCCCCUUGUCGCCAGACAAUACCCCUGUGACCAUCUCGUCGAUGUUAAAGCUCAGGCUUUCCAUCCAACACCAAGGUUUCUCAUGUACGCCAUCAGUACGCAAUAUUCCUCUCCUGACCUAAGCCUCCAAUCCAAAAUCGCUUUUAGGCGAGGGCCUCUUGACGAAACAAUGAGUGAAGAAAGAGCUACAUACGGAUAUGUCGACCCAAAUUUCGUCAAUCCUGGUGGGAAAUGGGACACGCCAGUUAUAAUCUACGGCUACACUCCAUCCUUCGUCCUUACAGUACUUGCCGAUGUCCUCUUCUUCCUCCUUCUCAUCGUCCACACAUGGCAGAUCAUCCGCUACCGCAGCUGGUACUUCGUCACCUUCCCAAUUGGCCUCCUAUUUGAAAUCGUCGGCUACGUAGCCCGCUCUCUCUCCGCCAAAGCGAACCCGUAUAACCUCAUCUACUUCAUUCUCAACUACUUCUUCAUCGUCACGGCACCAGUCUUUCUCGCAGCCGGCAUCUACGCGAUUCUAUCCGCUCUCAUCAACCGUCUUGGGCGACAGUUCACGCCUUUGCCGCCUAAAGUGGUUUUGUGGUUCUUCAUCACCUCGGACGCCAUCGCAACCAUCACGCAGAUCUCGGGCGCCGCUUUGAUAGGUGUCAAGCAGUCGCGCCGCGAGGACCCUACGACGGCCAACAAUAUUUUGCUUGGAGGACUUGCCUACCAGGUCUUUUCAAUCGGAUGUUUCGUCAUCACUACGUCCAUAUUCCUCUUCAGAGCUCGAACAGCGAUCAAAGAACAUAGGCUUACUACUUUCGUGGCUGUGUUUUCGGGGGCGACGUUGUUGAUUUACCUGCGUACCUGCUUCCGUCUUGCCGAAACUGCGGAGGGUCUUGGGGGUUACCUCUACUCGAAUGAGGUUUUCUUUGGCGUGCUUGAGUUUGCGCCCGUGGUGUUGGCAGUGGUAUUGCUUUCCAUCUGGCACCCCGGGAGAUGUGUAGCAAAGAAGGUCUCCGGUGGCGUUGAUGAUGCAGAAAAGGCUAGAGUACGCAGUCGUGAGUCUAUUCAGAAAUAG